CGAAACACGUGUCGGGCAGAAGUGAAAUUCGGUGGUCAGCGAACAAAUUUUGCCAAUCGAAACACCGUUCAGUUUGGCACAUAUAUGGGCAAGGAUGUUUACAAUCCAAUGCAAUUUCUUCUGUCUAAAUGGGAGCCCUAUCCAUCCGUGAACAUCACAAUCACCAAUGAUGACUUUGAUGUCAAACAAAAUCUGAUAGCACAAACAACCCUGCAUAUGGACAAACUAUACAGCCCGUCACCGACCAAAUGGCGCGCGAAAUGGAACAAGGUCACACUCCGAUUGGCGUCAGAUAAAAUGAAAAUUAUCCUGUCCUAUCAAGCGUACAAUGUCGGCUCGUCAAAAGUGGACAAACAAGUUAUCCGUCUGCGUGAUGUGUCCGAAGAAGAUGAGCCUGUGGUUGAAGAACGCAUCGAAGAUAUCCCAUUUUUACAUAACUGGUAUCUUGCGGAGUACCGUGACGAGUCUCCUAUCCAAAUGACUUGUCCGGAUAACAGUUGCGCUAUUGAACGCCACGUGACAUAG